AUGGCGUAUCAGCAACCAGGAUAUGAGCAGCAUCAAGGCUACGGCCAGCAACAGUACCAACAGCCCUAUCAACAGGCGCCACAGUACGGCCAGCAGCAGCAAGCUCCCCCAGCCCAAGCCCCAGCGCAGACCGGCCACACACCAGCCCAAACAGACACCGGCACCUUCCAAGGCGGCAACUACACCAUCACCCACCGCGACACCAACUCGGUCCUCAACAUCGACCUCCAACAAGGCGGCACCGUGCGCUCCAAAUCCGGCGCCAUGGUGCACAUGUCCAGCACAAUCCAACUGGCGGGCAAAAUCAAAUUCUCCAUGAAGAAAUUCUUCACCGGCGGCGAGCUCUCUGAGUCGACGUACACGGGUCACGGCAAAGUCGCUUUGGCGCCGAAUCUCUUCGGGGAUAUCAUCACCGUGCAUGUGGAUGGACGGCAGGGGUGGACGAUUGGGAAGGAUGCGUUUUUGGCGUGCACGAGUGAGGUCACGAAGGAUACCAAGGCGCAGGGUUUGGGGAAGGCGAUGUUCAGUGGGGAGGAUCUUUUCAUCUAUCGUGUGGGUGGGCAGGGACUUUUGUGGUUGACGAGUUUUGGGGCGGUGGAGAGGUUGGAUCUUCAACCCGGUGGGCAGCAUAUCGUCGACAACGGACAUCUCGUGGCGUGGAGUUGCGACUACAAGAUCGAGAAGGCUGGCGGCGGUGCAAUGUCCAGCAUGAAGAGUGGCGAGGGUCUGGUGUGCCGCUUUACUGGACCGGGAACCGUCUACAUUCAAACCCGCAACAUGGAUGAGUUUGAGCAGUUCAUCCGCGCUCAGGCUGGGGGGAGCAGUUGA